GCCUGUAAGCUCCGCUUUACCAGCUCGCAUUCAUUCAUAUCAAGACAAGUGGAGCUAGAGCUAGAUUGGGAUCUUCUUCUUCUUCGAUGCAGUAAUAGUAUCUUCAUUUGUCAUUCUUCCCCAUACAGUACAUACACAGAGCCAGAGAGCUCGAGAGGGUAACAAACCCUUGAAUUAUCUAGAGCUAAUUUGGUACAUGAGAGUUACAACCUUAUUUAGGCAGUAAGGAGAAUAACCAACAGCCAAGAUGUCACAGAAUGGCCGUCCCGCUACAUCAAAGGAGAAGAGUGAUGCAAGUCUUAAUCUUCAGGUUGAGGAGCUGUUAAAGCCGCCUGAAAAGCUCCCUCUAACAAGCAGUCCCUUGGAUGGGGAGCCAGAGACUCACUUCCCUCAGUUCGGAGAGAAGGAUUAUGAAAGCCAUCGAAGCGAAGAUGUCCUAGUCCACCACCAGCUGGAUCCAUUACCACAGAGAGGUUCUUCCAAGAGUUUGAAAGAUCAUGAUGCACAGCACCAAAAGAUACGCACCAGCCACUCCAGCAAGAGCAUCGCCGAGGCAACGGAGGAACUCAUCACCAGUAUUGCUGAAGAAACUAUUGGAGAUAGUGUGGAUGGGGGAGAAAAGAGUACACCGAAGUUCAUCAUUGGAGAAGACGAUGGGGCUGAGACACCAGUCCGAUCUGAAAGUCAGUCAGAUGAGAAGGGGCUUCAUGCAGAGGCAAACUCAAAGUUCAAUGAGAAGCCUGGAUCUCACAAGCACCAUCGUCACCAUCACCACGGCAAGAAGCAGCGCAAUCUGUCCGAUGACCCCAACGAACGUCUACGACAGGGUAGCGAUGUCAAUCUCAAGAUGCACGACAUCUCCAUCAAGAUCGGCGGGGAUGAUGAUGAGGAGGAAGGAGAGAUGAAUCCAUCCAUUAGGGAGACCAUGGCUGUCCAUCGUCUUGGUGAUAUGUCAGGUGGAGGACGCCACCACCAUUCUUCUCGCAAGCACAACGUGAGCUCCUUUGUCCAUGUGCGCGGGAGAACACCCUCAGGGGAGAAGAACACAUCACCGCGAAAGAAGAAGGAAUACGAUCAUCGGCCCCACGAGGUCUUUGUGGAGUUGGAUGAGUUGUACAAGGAGGAGGGCCAUGAGAUGCAAUGGAAAGAGAAAGCUCGCUGGAUCAAGUAUGAGGAAGACGUUGAAGAAGGGGCGCAGCGCUGGGGUAAACCUCACGUCGCUUCCCUCUCCUUCCACAGUCUGGUGGAGCUUAGACAGUACCUAGAACAUGCCACCGCUUUGUUUGAUUUGGAGGAGACCAACCUCUCCAAUAUCUUCCACCGUAUCGUUGACAGCAUGAUCAAUGCCGAUCAGAUCAAAGAAGAGAACCGAGCGGACAUUAUGAGGGCGCUAUUGCUCAAACAUAAGCACGUGAACGAUGGCGGCAACAGUAUUCUUCGAAACUUCUCCACCAUUUCCCUGGGUUCCAUGGAUGACAAGAAGGGUGAAAGACACAAUGAGAAACAUCAUCACCACCCCUCUGGCAUCUUGAAGAACCUGUCAUCGAUCAGUCUGACAGGACACGGUCAGACAAAGCCUGAAGCUGAGGUACGCAUUCCGAUGAUCAACAAAGACGGCAAAGCCAACACCAACGGCUUGUCCAACGAGAACCAGAAUGCAUCGUCUGGUGCCUUCAAGACCACACCCUCUUCAACAUCUCUGAUGAAACUUGCCCAUAAGCUGGACCACAAGAAGAUCGAAGGCAUCAUGCGCAAGAUCCCCCAGGAUGCUGAAGCAACCUCUGCCCUGGUGGGCGAGGUGGACUUCCUGGAGACCCCGGCCGUCUCCUUCGUGCGCCUUGCAGAAGGAACCAUCCUGGAUAAUUUCUCUGAGGUGCCCAUCCCUGUCAGGUUCCUCUUUGUGAUGCUGGUGCCGACCCAUUCGGACAUCAACUACCAUGAACUUGGAAGAUCUUUCUCUACCCUGAUGUCCAAUGAUCACUUCCAUGAGACUGCGUACCAAGCAGAGUCAAUGAGGGAUCUCCUGACAGCCAUGAACACCUUCAUCGAUCACACCAUCGUACUACCCCCGGGAGACUGGGACAGGGAACUGCUCCUUCCGGUACUCCGCAUGCAGCAUGAGAAGAUGAAGAAGAUGAGGGCCGAAACGCUAGCAGAGGAGGCUGAUGGGGACAUGACGGUCGUUGAUAUCUCUACCAAGCAGCAACCGUACUCAAAUCUCCCUGAUCCACUCAAGAGGACAGGUAAGAUCUUCGGAGGCCUGAUCAACGAUGUCCGACGUCGCUACCCCCACUACUGGUCCGACAUCAGGGACGGAAUCAACUUCCAGUGCGUGGCUGCUUUCUUCUUCAUCUUCUUUGCUGCUCUCUCUCCAGCCAUCACGUUUGGCGGUCUGUUAGCUGAUAAGACUGAGAACUGGAUUGGUGUGUCUGAGACCAUUGUUGCCACAGCGAUCAAUGGAUGCAUCUUUGCGCUGCUCUCAGGACAACCGUUGACCAUCAUUGGAGUGACCGGUCCUAUUCUUGUCUUUGAAGAAAAUCUGUAUUCGUUCUGCACCGACCGCAACAUUGAGUACCUUCCGUUCCGGGUUUGGGUCGGUAUCUGGCUCUUUGUGAUCAUCACCGUCAUGGUGGCGUUUGAAGGGAGCGUUCUGGUUCAGUACUUUACACGGUUCACAGAGGAGAUCUUUGCGUUCCUCAUCGGACUCAUCUUUGUCUACGAAGUAUUCAACAAGCUUUACAAGACCUUCAAGACGCAUCCUCUCUUGGAAGACUACUGCGUGGUUCCUGGAACCGAUGACCCCAUGAACUACACUGAGCUCUGGACCACCUCCUACACUGAAUACACGGAUGAGAACGGAACUGUCGUGUAUGAUCUUGCCACGCCUUCAUACAACAUGACUGGCAACAUGACCGGCAACAUGACUGGUAUGGGUGUCUGUUCUUCAGCUAAGGUGGUGGUAGAUGGCCAACCAAACACUGCUCUCUUGUCAACCAUUCUUACACUCGGCACUUUCUUCUUGGCUUACUUCCUUCGCAAAUUCCGACAAGGACGUUUCCUCGGAAGGAGUGCAAGGAAGAUGAUUGGAGACUUUGGAAUCCCUAUCUCUAUCCUUGUCUUUGUGAGUGUGGACUUCUUAAUCAAGGCUACAUACACACAGAAACUGGAUGUCCCCGAUGGUCUGAAGCCCUCCGAUGUGUGCAAGCGUGGUUGGUUUGUAAACCCUCUUGGUAUCAACAAACCUCUUGGUAUCGGUCUCAUGUUUGCUGCAGCUAUCCCUGCCCUACUGGCCUUCAUUCUCAUGUACAUGGAGACACUCAUCACCGGACUGAUUAUAAACAAGAAGGAUAACAAGAUGAAGAAGGGAUCCGGCUUCCAUCUCGACACGUUCAUCAUUGGUUGCAUGGCUGUCAUGAACGGUCUCUUAGGAUUGCCCCUGGUCUGGGCCGCCACCGUCCGGUCCGUCACCCACGUCGGGGCCCUGUCCGUCUUCAGCAAGUCCCACGCUCCGGGAGAGAAGCCAAAGCUCAUGAAGAUCAUCGAGCAGAGGGUCACUGCACUUCUCAUCCAUAUUGUUAUAGGUGCGUCCAUCGCCAUCUCCCCCCUCCUCCGGCAGGUGCCUCUAGCCGUUCUCUUUGGUGUGUUCCUCUACAUGGGUGUGACCUCACUCAAUGGUAUCCAGAUGGUAGAGAGAGCUAGUCUCCUCUUCAUGCCCGUCAAACAUCAUCCUGAUACACGCUAUGUCAGGGAGGUGCGUACAUGGAGGAUGCACAUCUUCACCAUCAUCCAGCUAGGCUGCCUUGCUAUCCUGUGGAUCAUCAAACUCACUCCGGCCGCCCUGGCAUUCUCUUUCUUCCUCAUCCUCCUCGUACCGAUCAGGAGUCAACUCAAGAGGAUCUUUACCAAGCAGGAGUUAGACGCGCUUGACAGUGAUGAGGUGGAUGCUAAUGAGGAUGAAGACGAUGAGUAUCAAACUGUCCACAUGCCUCAGUAGAGGUCAAAGGUCAUCCGCUGCUUUCUGUCUCCAAGGGAGAGUGUUGUGUUGAAAUCUUGCUGCCAAUAAAAAACGCACUUUCAACCCGAAAUGUCUUCUCUGAUUCCCCACCGAACUAAUUCUUCAAUAUCAUAGUUGUAUAUCAAUCGUCAUGAAAGGUUCAAAGGUCAUGUAAGGUUAAAAGGUCAUAUUGGCCCUUUGUAACAUAAUUAGAUAUCAACUUUGUUUGAGCCUUGUGUUGAGCUACUAUUCUAUUAUUGAAGUUUAUUGCUUCUAACUGCCUUCCAACCUCUUGCAUGAAAAGUGUGUAUUGUUUGACGUCUAGCCCCCCAAAACACCACAAAAUGUAAUUUGAUUCCUAAACCUGUAUAUCAAGUAGCAUAUUGCAAACUAUAUGUAGUAUGUAGUAUGUUGCUAGCAUUACCGUUCAUGAUAAAUGGAUGUACCCCAAAAUACACAAAAAUUUGCAGAGAAUUAUUUCUUAGGGUGCAAAAGAAUUGUGCAGAAAUAUGUAUCAUUUACCAUUGUAAUAACAGGGUUUGAAAAUCAUUGUAUCACUGUUGGGUAACGGUAUCUGUGCAGCACUUCACAUUAUUCAAAUAUUAAUUGUCUUGAUAAAGUAUGAUAUUGUCAACGUAGAGCCAAAUGGGUGUUUACUCUGUGUUUAUGAGUUAAUGCCCUUCUGGCUCUGAACAGUCAAUAUGUACAGUAUGAAGAGUUGUUUCUGUCUGACAGUGUACCCACAGUUAAGUUUGCACCUUGGUAGGCACCGAGUAGUUCCGACGAAAGGACAAGUAGGUUAAACCCCCAUGCUCUUACCCUACAUGAUAUCUACAGACCAUCGGCUCAGAGCCAGAAGGAUGUUAACUCGUAUCAUUGACUAAACACCCUUCUGGCUCUCAACUGACGAUUUGUUAAUUAAUAGCUCAUUAUCAGAAAGACCUUCACGUUGAAAUGCAUUUAUAGUGAAAUGAUAGAUGCCUUUCAGCGUUCAUGUAUUCUCGCACAAACUCAUGAGGAUUAAUCCAACUAUCUGGCUAGGAUUGCAUUUAUAUAUAUGUUAUUAUUUCAUGACUGCAUUGUACAGUUCUAUGGGACAAAAUUUAAUUGUUAACGUCAUUGCAUUGCAUUUUUAUCAAGUACUUUUUUUCUACUCUGCCUUCAGUACUAUGCAAAUGAAUUUUGAAAUUGAAAGAGCACUUAGGCUCCAACAGAGGCUUUGUAAAAAAAUAUAUUAAAAAGUAGUGUAAAAUAUAAUUAAAAGAUGUGUUAUUUAUCUUUCCAUAGUGUUAAUAUUAUAAAAGUGAUUAAAAAACUAUUUUGCCUAUUAUUAAAGAGUACUUCUUUCUAAAAAAAAUGAUUUGAUUAAAAAAAACACUCUUUCUUUGAGUUGUCUUUCUGUAAUACCAACUUUAUCACUAUUUUCUCUUCGUUUUCCCCAGUCAGUGAUAAUUGAAAGAAUGUAAGUUUGACUUUAAUGAUGUAAAAAUCAUCACUCUUUUGACUGAAAAUGACACCAAACUGUACUUUGUGAGACAAUUAUUGCAUCGCUUUCUCCUCGCUGAAAUGAUGUUUUUGAAGCAUUUUGUGGAGAAAACUGAAAAAUAGGUGUGAAGCUUUGGCGUAUUUAUAAAGAUAAUUCUGUUUGUGAUUGUGUCUUUGAGUUGUCAUUUUCUGUGUAGCUGUGAGAGUUUUCACAUAUUUUGUACAGGCUUCCAAUAACUCAAAGUCUCUGUGAAAUAUUAUAUAAAUGGUGCUUUCAUUAAAGAAAAUAUAUUUAAUUUGUUUAUAUAAAUCCAUAUUAUUUUUAUACCCUCCUAGUAAUUCUCUGAAGCUUUACUGAACCUAAAUAUAAUCCUAUUUGACAAAGUUAUCUCUCAGAUUAUUUUACUAUUUUCAUCAAGACCAUUGACCUUAAAUAGCCAUUUAGUUUUUGACAAAUGAAAUGAUUAUAUUCUUGUUUUGAAAUAAUUGAAGAUUGUUAUGAGAUUUAAAUAGUAAUUUGGUGAUAGAGAUUUUCAUUCCAUUAACUGACAAACUACAUUUUUUAUCAAUCUUUUUUCUAAUAUUUGUUAUGGUUUUCACUGAAAUAAGGCUGUAAUUUGUAAGUGGAGAUACAAACAAAUUACACAAACAGAACUGAAACACAUACCUUUGAAUAUCAUUAUCUACUGAAAUUUAAAUAUUAGUAUUUUCUUGAUGUUUCUAUAUAUUGCUUUAAUUACUUUGGUACUCCUUUUAUAAAUGGAACAUUAUGGUAAUUUUGUACUGCUUUCUUUGUUUGAUGAAACACGUUUCUUUUGGCGCUACUAAAUGAUAUCUACUAAACCUUGUACUUGUAUGGAAAGCCUUUAUUUCAACAUGUAUCCUUGUGUAGGUAUACAAACAAAAAUUGUGCUCAUUGUUUGCAUUGUGACAUUUGCUGAUUUUGUAUAUGUAUAUUGUGUGAUUCACAUGUCUAUAAGCAUGAGAAGCGUUAAAUUACAGUCAAACCUGUCUAUAGUGGCCACUUUUUCUGUUUCCCUUGGGUGACCUUAAUGGACAGGUUUGACUGUAUCUCAUUCUUCACUUUUAGCAAAGAUGGUUGAUUAUAUGAUUAUACAUGACGGAAAAAGAAAUUUGUUUAACAAUUUUGUAUGCAAGACGUUAAGAAUUGUGCAGCUUGAGGUUACAUGUAUGGAGAAAAAAAGAUUUUAAAAAUAUGACAUUUUAUGGCUUGUGUGUGAUGAAUGAAAAAAGAAAUGGCUGGAGGGAGCAUUAUUUACAUGGCUGGAGGAAGCUUUAUUUUAAUGGUGCCAAAGUUUGCAUUUUUGUACUUUAUCAAUCAAAUUUAUUUUGUUAUGUAAUACUUGUAUAUAUGUAGAAAAUAUCAAUUAUCUUGUUCGGCAGUCCAUGUUAUGGGGAGCGAAAUAUUUUGUGUCUGCAAAGAAAAAUACUGUAUAUUCCUGCAUAUUGCACAAAAUUGUAAAAUAGUUCAAAGGUUUAAAGAAAGGAAAAAAAAUCAAAAUCAAUUUUGCAGUUUUUAUUCUACAGUAAAAAAAACUUUAUCAUAUGAAUUUUGUGAUAAUCUUUUAAGAUGAAAAAAAGGCACAUUUGCUCUAUAUAUUUGUUAAUAUUAUGUGUGGGUUCUUUCUAUCUCUCUUUCUUUUUUUUUCUUUUUUUUUAUGAGACUGCAUAGAUGCUAUUUUUGUAUGUUAGUAUAUUCACGGACAUAUUGUAUACCAUGUUUUAUGUAUUGAUGCAAGUAAUGUAUGAUUUUUUUUUACAAAUUGAUGUUGCUUAAUUGGAGUUAAUUGCAUGGGUUUGGAAAAUUUCAUAUUCACUUGUUCGCAAUAUAGUGUUUGUCUGUGCUAUUUUUUUGUUGCACAAGAUUAUUAAAAGAAAUGGAAAAAAAUUAA